AUGGCAACUACCGCGCCCUCUGAGCCAGUGCUAUCACCGCCGGCAUUGUCAUCUCCGGGCCCAUCCUCCUACGCGGAGUCCGUUAAUUUCGAACCUCCCUCCUUUGUGGCAACUCUCGAGGACCCGAAACUUCGAGACAAACUAGAUGUCCAGGCUGAAACGACACCGGAACCACUUAGUCGGCCAUCGUUCUCUGGCUCCUUCAGGAGCUUCAAUGCCAACGCCCGCCCUUCUUCUGCCUGGUCGCGAAUCACUUCCUCUGCCUUUGCCUCAAAAGAGCGUCGCGCGACUGUCUCUGCCGGGAAACAUUCGCUGAAUCUCGCGAGAAGCAAACAGAGCGUCGAUAGUGAUAUACCCAGCAUCAUUAUAGACGAAGCCCCCAAUCGACCCAGUUCAAGAAGAUCUUUGUCUGAAAGAAAAUGGAGCUCGGUGCGCGGUACUAGAGGUGAGGUAGCUCUAAGGAAACGAUCUGGUAUAUCCAGCCUUAGCUCUAGUAAUAUCCCACCAGUUCCCCCAAUCCCACCCUUCCAAGGCAUCAAGAUGGAUAUUCCCAGCCCGUCGUUGGGUGAUAUCACCAGCUCUACGAUUGACGAGACAAACGAGUGGAGUCCUCCCACAGCAUCCAACCCGAAGCUGCUCAGUGCAGAUGAAGCACACACAAUCUCACCUACCAGGAAAGUGAGCUCCUCGAGUAUGCGGAAUUCCAGCACACGUCGGAUUCGAUCCGCGAAUUCGCUGAGGGUUGUGAGAUCAGGAAGUGGAAGCGGGGGUAAUAUUCGUACCCUAUCAGUGGAUGAAGAGAUGUUGUCCCGAAAAGUGAGGUUGAUGUAUGAAAAAGGCGAGGAUUUCAUUAGCGAGGCGGAACUGAGCCAAGCUUUAGAUGAGGAUGAGAGCAUUCUUAUGGACAAGGAUACGGAGAAAGAAGCCUUCGAAAAUGUUGACGAUUCGCCUACAAACGGAAAUUCAGCCUCUACUGAUCCUACAAGUGAGAAGUCGGAAACUGCAUCAAUGAACACAGUCAGCCCUGCCAGAAGGACCAAUACAGUUGAGCGGGAAAGCAACGAGCUUGCCGGUGGUUUGGAGGACUGGAAUGACAUUGAGAACUGUUACGUCGAUAGGUACGGUUUCAUCAUUCCUCAUCCUGAGGAUGGCGAGCCAGAAGCGCAAGUGCCGCAGCCACUACAACGGGUCUCGACCAGCUUGAUGCUUGCCUCUGCCACACCCAGACGGAAGCGUACUAUGGCCAAACGCCCGCCUUCAACAGCCGGGGCUGCAAGUAUCCGCUCUUUUGCCGGCCGUUCUUCGUCCCAGCGAGCUAGCGACCAGCCAAUGCGUCCCACUUCUUCCCAGAGCUCAUACCAGCCUCAUCUCUCGCGUACCACCAGCAGCCUGCGUUAUGCAGCCAACAAGCUUCCCCACAACCGUUCUCGCAAACUCUUGGACGAAGCUGGCGACAUGCUAACCAGCCCUACCCAAAAGACCAAUAGCUUCAGCUUCUCCGAGGACGACACAACUUAUUCCAAGGCCAUGAGGAAGAAGGAAUCCGAGCGUGAAGACAAGUGGCGUAAAAUGGCCAAGCUUACCUCCAAGGCCAAGGACGGUUCUGGCAUGACUUUCGAAUUCGACGUUACCAGCACCAAGCUCAUCGAACGUACCUGGAAAGGUAUCCCAGACAGUUGGCGUUCAACAGCAUGGCACGCCUUCUUAGCUGCCAGUGCCAAGAAACGUCCUGGCAGCCCUACAGAAGACGAGCUGAUUAGAAAGUUUAACGAGCUGCAAGUUUAUCCUUCCCCAGACGACGUUCAGAUUGAUAUAGAUGUCCCUCGUACCAUCAGCAGCCAUAUCAUGUUCCGCCGCCGAUAUCGUGGGGGACAAAGACUGCUUUUCCGUGUGCUACAUGCCAUGUCUCUUUAUUUCCCAGAAACCGGGUACGUGCAGGGCAUGGCAGCACUUGCCGCCACCCUGCUAGCUUACUAUGACGAGGAAAACGCCUUUGUCAUGCUUGUCCGUCUCUGGCAAUACAGAGGUCUCGAUCGGCUUUAUCGUGAGGGUUUUGCUGGUCUGAUGGAAGCAUUGAAUAAUUUUGAAAAAGACUGGCUAGGCAAUGGAGAGGUAGCUGAGAAACUGACCGAACUCGGAAUCCCUCCAACCACCUAUGGAACCAAAUGGUACCUGACUCUCUUCAACUAUUCCAUUCCAUUUGCUGCGCAGCUGCGAGUAUGGGAUGUAUUCAUGCUUCUAGGAGAUUCCGGAGAACCAAUCCAGCCUACCGACACCACCAGUACCAAUGGUCACGUCAAUGGUACUAGUACCAGCACCGAAACCGGACCUGCUCAGCCUGCGGCAGACCCCUUCGGUAAGAGUCUUGAUAUCCUACACGCAACCUCUGCAGCCUUGAUCGACGGAAUGCGAGAUAUCAUUCUCGAAUCCGAUUUUGAGAACGCAAUGAAAGUUCUCACUAGCUGGGUCCCGAUCAACGAUAUUGAGCUAUUCAUGAGAGUUGCCAGAACCGAAUGGAAAGUUCACUGCCGAAAGAAGGGGCAUUAA